AUGACGUCAGCGUUGUGCAAGGGCACAAAAACACGUAGAGCAAACAAACAGGACGGCACUGUUUACUUAGCGAGUGGUUUCUACCUGGUGUAUCAGAAAAGCACAUUCAAUCACCCGCUCGACCCAAAGGAGAUUCCACAGAUUGUUUACUUUGGCGUGGAUGAUGGGGUUAAACCUGAGGCGGAAGCUUACUACAACAGGUUAUUCGGUCAAGAGCGCAAAAAUCCAAAUGAUUGUCCGAUCAGUAUGACUUUAUAUGUUUCUGGAGAAGACACAGAUUAUCUUGCGCUGAAUGAGUAUUACGACAGAGGGUUUGAGAUUGCGGUUCACAGUAUGAGCCAUACUGUCAUUGACACGGGCGAGAAGCUCCGAGCAGAAGCCAAAGGACAGAGAGACAACAUUAUCAACCUCUCAAAAAACAUCACGGAGGAUAUGAUCCAUGGGUGGCGAAGUCCCUAUCUGCGGACAGCAGGGGAUGCACAAAUAGAGGUCUUACAGAAUCUGAGCUUUGCUUACGAUGUGUCUUUGCUCUAUACAAGGAAGACUAUGACAGAUAUAAAUCCAUGGCCGUUUACGUUAGAUUAUGGAUGGACAUUGUCUUGUGAAAUACAACCAUGUCCUACAAACAGACAUCCGGGAUUCUGGGUGGUACCUGUCAACGCCAUGAGGGAUUACGGAGACUGGGGAGCUUGUAGAUUCCUUGACUCCUGUGUAAACAAACCAUUAUCUAUGAAUCAAACCUACAAGUACAUUAUGGACAAUUUCCGUAGCCAUUACCAUGGAAACAGAGCUCCAUUUGGAAUCCACAUGCACGCGAAAUGGUUCAAUAAGGCGGAACAUGUAGAAGCGAUGGACUUGGUGAUACACGACCUGCUGGAGUAUGAUGAUGUGAGUUAA